GGCUGCCUCCCACCAGCGUGAAACAGAAGGAUGACCUUAUUCUAUGAGCAGAACAACUGUGAAGGAAGUAGCUGCGUGUGUGAAAGUCUGGGAAGAGAGAGCCACCUACAAUGUCCCCACCAAACCAGUCAGUGGAAGGCCUUCUGCAGGGAGCUCCCAACAGAUCCCUGAAUGCCAUAGAAACUCCGGGGGCUUGGGAUCCAGGGACCCUCCAAGCCCUCAAGAUUUCUCUUGCUGUGGUCCUUUCCAUCAUCACACUGGCCACAGUCCUUUCCAACGCCUUUGUGCUUACCACCAUCUUCCUGACCAGGAAGCUCCACACCCCAGCCAGCUAUCUCAUUGGCUCCCUGGCCAUGACUGACCUCUUAGUUUCCAUCUUGGUCAUGCCCAUCAGCAUCGCAUAUACCACCACCCACACCUGGAGCUUUGGCCAACUCCUGUGUGACAUCUGGCUGUCUUCUGACAUCACGUGCUGCACAGCCUCCAUCCUGCAUCUCUGUGUCAUGGCUCUGGACAGGUACUGGGCCAUCACUGAUGCCCUGGAGUAUAGUAAACGCCGGACAGCAGGCCGUGCGGCCGCCAUGAUUGCCAUCAUCUCGGCCAUCUCCAUCUGCAUCUCCAUCCCACCACUCUUUUGGCGGCAGGCCAAAGCUCAGGAAGAGAUGUCGGACUGCCUCGUGAACACUUCUCAGAUCUCCUACACCAUCUAUUCCACCUGUGGGGCCUUCUACUUCCCGUCUGUGUUGCUCAUCAUCCUCUAUGGCCGGAUCUACACGGCCGCCCGGAACCGCAUCCUGAAUCCGCCAUCCCUCUACGGGAAGCGCUUUACCACAGCCCGUCUCAUCACAGGCUCUGCGGGGUCCUCGCUCUGCUCGCUCAGUCCCAGCCUUCACGAGGGGCACUCUCAUUCCGCCGGCUCCCCUCGCUUUUUUAACCACGUGAAGAUCAAGCUUGCGGAUAGUGUCCUGGAGCGCCAGAGGAUUUCUGCUGCCCGAGAGAGGAAAGCCACUAAAACCCUGGGGAUCAUUCUGGGCGCCUUUACCAUCUGCCGGCUGCCCUUCUUUGUUGCAUCUCUGGUCCUCCCCAUCUGCCAGGACUCCUGCUGGAUCCACCCAGCCCUUUCUGACUUUUUCACCUGGCUAGGCUAUCUAAACUCCCUCAUCAAUCCAAUAAUCUAUACUGUGUUUAACGAAGACUUUCGGCAAGCAUUUCAGAAAGUCAUCCAUUUCGGGAAAGCCUCUUAG